AUGACUCAGUUCUUUGAGGAUGGAUCAUAUGUUGCCACCUUUGACAAACUCCUUCCAAUUCCUGGGGUCUGGGAAGGAAUGCAAGUAUUCAAAUUGCCAGAGCUCAUGGCGCUACAUGCGAAAGAGGAAAUAUUCAAUUACAUCAAUCAUAUUUACGAAAUUUACACCUUUAUCCUGAAUAAUAGACAGGAGCUCAUGCCGAUGGUAGACUACGAGUCCGUCAGGAAUAUAAGAGGUCGAAUUCCAUCCAUGUGCCAUGCAGAUUUCGACUAUUUGGAUAUAGAGUUUCGAUCCCGAAGACUAUUACCAGCCAUUCAGGACCAGAAUACGCGUGACGAAAUAUGGGAGCAGCUUAUGAAAGUCAAAACGAUAAUUCCUUCCAUGUACACCAUGCUCCAAGAUAUGUACUAUUUGGAACCACUCUCAAGUGCCAUGAAAGGGCUUCUUGGGAACGCCAAACCAUCCGUCGACCAAGCUCUGGGGAAGAUAUUCGUUGGAGAUCCAAUGGCCGGGAACCAGGUAGUUAUUCAAAUGAGCGAACGUACCUUCCAACUUUAUCCAGGUAGCCAUACAGACCAAAAAAGAAUGGGCGUUUUCCAGUUGUGGCUUUUCGCUGCUCGGAGCUUUCCUGAUCUAGUGCCUAAAUGCCCAAGGAAAGACAACAAAGCAGCGUUACCCAUUCCACGAAAGCCUAGUCCCUCAACUUGGUCGCAAUUUGCACGACUAGCACUAGAUCUAGGAUUCACGUCACCUAAAAUUCGCAAAUUAGCCGAGGUAUCUCCGGAGAUUGAAUUCACCUCUCCGCCUACUGGCCCUAGGCUUCUGGUUCGUGGUGAUGGAGAAAGUCUUAAACGUCGGUGCGGACACGCCUUCUUUGCUUUCGGCAAGAUGCAGCUUCCCGAAGUCAAUGGCCUCGGUUCUUCGUACGUACCUCGCCACAUUAAAGUGUGCACAGAGCCUGUGGUCACUCAAGUGCAAGAAGGCAGUCAUACGCCGAGAAAAGAUGAUAUAAACACUCUGGGAGAGCUCCAGGGGCUACGUCAGAAAUUAGAGCUUGCGGGUGAAAAGGAACGAAAUAUGGCAGCGCAGCUGGCUGAGAAGGAGCGUAUUCAACAGGAAGCUAAUGCUAAGGUUGCAAUGCAAACGGUGGCAUUACAAUCAGCCCAAGCAAAAGUCGCUUCGCAGGCAAUAGAACUAGAAAAGGUAAAAAACCAAGAGGAAGAGAGAUCGAACCAAAAAAAUGACCACAUUACAAAAACAACCCAACGGCUGACGCGAGCGGAAGGUGAAGUGUCGGCACUAAAAGUUGAGAUUGAAAACUUGAGGAAAAUCAAUCAAACCCAUACCGAGCAGAAAGCCCUAGUGGAGGAACAGUUAGCUCAACAACGUCAGCGAGUAAGGGAGAUGGAAACUGCAAGGGAGCUAGAUGAUGGAGGUGUUUCUGAUAUACUGGAUGCAGACCAGGAAUUAAGAGGGAACAAUGAUACUGCAGAGCUCCACGACACAGUGAGGAACCUGACCAACAGUAUCAACAGGUAUGAAGCAGAAAAUUCCGAAUUGCGCCAUAGAGUCGGGGAACAAGCUCAAUCCUUGGAGACCAGAAAUUCUCAGCUUGCCGACCUUCAAAACACACUUGCGAUAGUUAACCGUGAAAAAGAGGCGUUUCGGCAGCAGAACGCCACAUUGGAGUCCAAAAGUGCGAAACUAAACGAGAUCGUUCUCUCCAAGGCUCAGGAACUUCUCAAGGAGAAGGAAUCGCUGGCCAGUGGCCUCAAGGACUUGAAGAAUACUAUUCGACAUUGUCAGAGUCGAAUAAACACACUUACCGGAAAGGAGAACGAGCAACAGCAGCUAUUAUUUGAUUUAAACCUUGUACAGACAACCAUUACGGAAAUGACUAAAGAGCAAGGAUGCAGACCUAUUAACAUGGCCAGUGUUCGCAACGGAUGUUUCGAGAUGAAACAUAUGUAUCGUCUGCUAGAUCGAGUCCAUUCCCACGAUGCAGGCGUUCAAACCUUUAGCGAGGGGGGUCGUGUUGCGACGAUCAAUAAGUCAAAUGCGGAGGCUGACCUGAAGCUUGCAAAACCUAUUAUAGAGUCCCUAGUGACAACGGAACGCCAGAUGGUCAACAAGUCAAAUGCAGAGACUGACCUGAAGCUUGCAAGAUCUGUUAUAGACUCCGUCGUAACAACUGAACGCCGUGUCAUACACUAUACUAUUGUAGACGGCAAAUCCACAGUUUUCGACAAGAAGCAGACUAAGGAUGAAACGGUUCGAGAGCUUUUAAAGUACAUAAGAAAGGAAUAUUUCUUGUUUGAUGCUAAUGACCAAGGCCUUACACCAGAAGGAGCUUUCAUCACAGGCGCGGUGGUGGUUCGUAAAAAUGUUUCAACCCAACCUGACCCCACGACUACACAAGAAGUUUCAGACCAAUCCGAAUCCGAGCCUCGGAAGAUCAAGACCCUCAAGAAAAAGUAA